GAUGCCUGGACUCUAUAAUACCUCCUCCUGGGCGCAGCUCCCCCUGCAGGCAUCCACUGUAACUGCCUGUGCCAAUGGAUACAGCCUUGGACUCACUGCCCACCUCACCUACCUGAACCCCAGCAGUGAUACAGUGCACGCCAUGUUUAUAUACCUUCUGGAGGACAGGGAGGUAGUAACAAGCUUUGAGGCGACCACUGGCAACCGCAAAGUCCAAGCUCAGAUCCAGGGCCAACUUCGACUAGAGGAAUGCUGCUCCGAGUGCCCGUGGGAAUCCCUGCCUUGCUACUGCCCCAAUGGUCACCUUGUGCUGGAUGCAGAUAUGGCACACGAUUUGUUUGUUCUCAGCAUAGGAGUUAUACCCCCCUCUGCAGUUCUGAACAUAUCUCUUCAAACCAGUCGAGAGCUGCCGACCCUUCCAAGUGGAGCAGCGCGUGUGACCCUCAACUCCACACUAACGCCCUUGGCCCCCAAUCCUAGGGGUCCAGCCGAAGAGGGGGAGGGUCUGCGUGACGACAGUCCAACCAGUUGUUUUGGGGGUGUGAGUGGGUCUGGAGGAAAUCCAUGGGCUCUGCAUACGGAUCCACCGCCCCAAGAAAGUGCCAACAGUCAUCCUAGCUCUCUCUUUGCUGCUCUCACUGGACCCGCCACAAAUUCACAACAUUACCAAUUAAGCUUCCGCCUUCAGGUCCAAGGUCCCUGCCUGCUGGCAGGCAUAGAGAGUCCUUCACAUGCCCUCCGUGCUGAUGCAAGUCCAUUUGCCGUCUCAGCCACUUCUGUGUGGAUCAGUCUGGCCGAAGACUAUAACUGUGACCGAACUGUGGAGAUAAUUCUGCACCCUAGCGAACCACAUCUCCCCCACUUAUCCCUGGAGCGAGGAGUCAAGAACUUCCUACAAUAUGAGCUGCAAAUAAAACAAAGAAAAGAUUUCAUCAGAGCAAUUAAAAAAUCCAGUGACCCUGAGAAACAGGUCAACUUUGUGAGAAGACGUUUUCACAAGGAUAUCCCUCUGAUACCAGUAUUGAUGCUGAACUUCUGUCCUGACUUAAUGGCACUCAGUUCUCUGAGCACUGACCUUCCCAAAGUCACCCGUGAGAUCAUUUUCCUCUUAUAUCUGAAUGGAGAGCUGUCCUGCAACAUUCGGGAUGCCCUUCUACUGGCGGUGAGGAGUUUACCCGCACGCACUUUACUGAAUGUAGCAGGUGGCGCAUGCGACAGCAAGGCCUUGUUCCCCACCAGCAGGCAAUGCAGCAACGAGUCGCUGGAGGUGGCAUGUGAUUAUAUCCAUAGAAGCCGACUGGGUGGCACUGCCAAUAACCUGCUCUCCGUGUUAAGCCGUGUCCUGGCACUCCCUUUGCAUCGUGGGUACCCAAGGCAGCUCUUCCUUAUUACUGACACUGUACCCACUUGUCCUGGCAAGGUCAUGGAGCUUGUGAGGCAACAUGCAAAGACCACACGGGUGUUUGGUUUUGCUGUGGGCUCCAAUGCAGAUCUCCGAUUUCUUGAGAGGGCAGCCAAAGUGAGCAGAGGGUCAGUGGAAAUUGUCAUGGAAGGAGAAAGACUGCAGCCAAAGCUAAUUAAGUCCCUGAAGAAGGCCCUGGAGCCAGCUCUCAGUGACAUUACUAUUGAUUGGUACAUGCCUGACACCAUGGAGGCACUGCUGACCCCCCAUGAGAUUGCUCCGCUGUACCCUGGCGAUUGCCUCAUUGGCUACUGUGCUCUGUAUCAUACAGCUAGCUUCCGUGGCAAAAGGAGCAUGGGGCAGCGUGCCAGAGGUAGCUCCUUCAGCUCCGUGUUCCAGUCUCAGGAAGAUACUCUGACCCCUGCAACCUUUGAUACAAGUUGCCUAAAUCCUUCUACUGGCAUUGAUGAUGUUGGGCGUGCACUACAGGAAAUUACACAGGAGAUUUCCUUGGAGUUCUCCGCAUUUAGUGAGGAUGCAGACAGAAGUGGAGAAGGAUUUCCUGUAAGUGACAUUAGAAAGCGUAUUGUUCAGUCCUCCUACGUCCAGGAACAGUAUAUGCUCACUCACUGCUCUGUCAGUACGGAACCGACCAGGACACAAAUGCCGCCGUCUAUCAGCAGUGACCCAACUCAUGCACCCACCUAUGGAUCCACCAGCAGUGAAUCAGUUGGGUCUCGAGAGGCUACUUUUGGAGACUGUACCAGCCCAUGCUCUGCUACGGUCCCCCAGCAGGGACAGAAAAGUGUGUCUCAGAGUGAUGGGAUGCGGCAACCCAAGGAAAACACCAACUCUAACUGCAAGGCUUCUCUAACACAAAGCUCAGAGGAGUUGGUCAGAAGAAAAGCACUGAUUCAGGCUACCAUGUCCGGCCGCAGUUUCUCUUCCCCACACGGGGAGCUAGACAUGCUUCGUCUGCGCACUGUCUUGGACAAGGUGUCUCAGAACCGAAAUUCAGAAGCGGAAAUGUGCACAUCACAUGGCGAAAGCCUCGCCGAUUCAUGUAACAUUCUCUCUCCAAACCUAGACUGGGACAUGUUGGUUGAUGCACAGUACAUAUUCUCUGCAUCUCCUGCCAUUGAAGGAGGGAGUGCGGUGUCUGGUGGGAGCAGCGAUUCUGUGUGGCAAUGCCGGGCUGUGAUACGUGGCUCUAUAGGAGGUAGAAGUCUCUCUUGGGAAACAUCCAUUAGUCUCGAGACCCUGUUGGGCAGCAGUGGGGAAGAGACAGCUGACUGUAUUGCAGAUGAGAGAGAUUGUGACAUACAUCACUUGGCAGCACGCUCCAUCAUACAAGACAACCAGGUCAUGGCUUGGAGGGAAUGUGACAUUGAACAUGGUUCGUCUCGUAGAUUCAGACUGAAAGCUGUUCAGACCAGUAAAUCUUGCUCGCAGGUUUCCAGCUACACUUGUCACAUGCCUGUUGACCCCGAUAUUCAGGAUGUUCUUCCCGGACACAUAUCUGUGCACAGAGGUGGAAGAAGCAGAAGGGGUCUUAGAUCGAACUCAGGAAGUUCGUGUCAGGGAGACAGUAGACGCUCAGAAAUUCUGGAUGAAAUAUUUGAAACUGCAGCCCUUCCAGCGUCCCCUUUAAGCAUGUCCUCUGAGAACAGCUUGGAGAAGCAGCGAUGCCAGGAAGGUACCACAGGUCAAGUUAAUCCCUUUGGUUCUCAGAAAUCAUCAGAUCCCUCUCUGAGUUCAAGGAUCAGUGUGGGUAAAAGGAGGAUUCGCAGCCUGUCUGGAAAACUGGCCCCGCUGAAACCACCGUGUAUUAGUGGAGAUAAGGAGAGUUGCCCAGAAUUGGGAAUUCAGGACUAUCAAGCACUGAUCUCUUUGCAGUCUGCAGAAGGCUUUUUCAACCUGAGCAGCUAUUUUUCCAGUAUAGUUCAGAUUUCUUUGCAGCGUCUACUCCGUGCCUCCCCCUACAGCUCUCACCGUGGCAGUUUAAGUCCAGUGUCUGAACCAUGCCAAACAGAGCAAGGAGACAUCCUGCGAGGCGGAGGACAGACUUGCAAGGGGGGCUCACAACCCCAGGUUCCAGUCACUCAGGACUCUUCCUUUCUUCCUAUACUUGCUACUUCAUGCCCUGAAGCUCUCUGCCAUCAAGCAGACAGCGGCCGUGGGUCAGAGACUGACCCGUGUGAUACCUCCCCAUGCCCUUCUGAAGCUGGCACAGAGCAAGACACAGACAUAGAGGGCUGUUCCUGGGCCACAGCUGUAGCACUUGCGUGGCUAGAGCACCGCAGUGCUGGCUACUUUACAGAAUGGGAGCUGCUGGCAGCGAGGGCAGAAGGGUGGCUACGUACACAAACUCUGCCCGAGGGCCUACAGCUACCUGCUCUUAAGGGGGCAGCCCGUCAGCUCUUUUUGUUGCUCCGUCACUGGGAUGAAAACCUCAACCUAAACAUGCUUUGCUACAAACCAGGUGAUGUUUGAAGAGGGAAAUAAAGGCAUUGAUAUAA